AUGGCUCGCCAUGAGGACGUGCGAAUGGCAGGCGGGCUGUCCCCGGAUGACCUGACCAACAUGACGCCAGUCUCCCUUUCAAACUUGAAGCUGCAACCAGCACUCCUCCGAAAUCUCGAAAAUGAACUCAAGAAGACGCUCCUAGCGGUAGCGGAAUACUAUGCACCCGGUGCCGUGGGAGCGGAUGGAGAAGGCGGUGACGACGACGACCCCCUACAAAGAGCCUCCCAGCUGCCCGAACGCAUCCGUGACCAACGCGCCGCCCUGACCCAGCAACACGCCGCCCUCCACGCGCACCGCGCACACGUCCUCCAGCUCAUCGAACAGAUUAACGCCGCCCAGCCCGCGCUCGAAAGCCAGUUGGUCACCGCGCUUGAAACUCUCCCUCCGCACCUCCGCGCCACGCGCACCGCACAAGCCGACGUGCUCGCCGCGACCGUCGAAGCCGCGCUCCUCAAGCUCUCCCUCGUGCGCGCCCGCGCCCACCGCGCGCUCUACUCCUUCCCCUCCUCCUCCUCUUCCACCCUCCCCGGCCCCGCGUCUUCCAAACCAAACCCCGCGAAGACGGUCGGCGACGCGGUCGCAGCGGCGCACGGGGCGCUGCGGGCACGGGCGCGCGCGCAGGACGCGGAGAUGGGCGCGCUGGACGGGCAGAUCGCGGCGUACGAGGGCAUGCUGGGGCUCGUCGAGGGCGGGCGCGGGCGCGAGGGCGCGUUUGCGCAGGUUGUAAGGGAUAUGGCGCGGGUGAAGAGGGAGACGGAGGAGUGUAGGAGGGAGCUGAUGCGGUUGGGCUGGACGGGGGACUGA